AUGAAGCAGGCUGAUCCAAAGCCUAAAGCGAAGGACAAGACAAAGGCGAAGUCAAAAGAUGAUUCAACCUCUACUGCUAAAAGAUCAGGAUUUUCCAAGCCCCGCACUGACACGAACUUCAAACAAGUAGUCGGGGUCGAUGAAAUUCCAGAUUUGCCUGAUUGUCCUAAGAAGUUUACGUACAGACAGCCACUUCUACCUGAUUGGUGCCUCCAGGAUGUUCCAAGUGAAAUGAAGCGGAUGCAUAAUUGGUACAUUAGGGCAUGCAGACUUGGGCUUCGUACCAUAUCCGCUCCAUACUAUUCCCAAGUAUUUGGACCUGCAGGCCCUGGCAUCAUUGAUGUCUUGUUCAAUUUUCAAGACAUCCACGCUAUGUUCUGCCUCAAAGAACUUGACAUCGAGAUGGUUAGACUAUGGUGCAUGAUGCAAACAAGUGAUGCAUAUAUCUUAGGUAGAAGGAUCAAGUAUCUUGAUCCUCUAGCAAUUUGUGAGGCCAAGCACAACAGGCCAAAUACGUGGAAAGAGGACCAUGAUCUCUUCAAGAACUGUAAGACGCCUGCGCAGAUAGCUAAGGAACGAAAAUUUCACCUCAAAGAGGCCAUGAAGAUGGUGGCGGCCUACAUAGCAAAAAUGAUGAAAAAAUGGGAAGAUGAUGCUGAUGUCAUUUUUGCACCAUAUAACAUUAGAAAUCACUGGAUCGCUUUUGCACUGCAACCCAAGAUUGGAAGAGUCCUUGUCUUCGACUCCUUGGAUUGGCCAAAGAAAACAUACACUGAUUUCUUAUUCAUCCUCAGAAUGGCUUACCAGCAAUAUAUUGCAUUAAAUGGUACUCAUCCCCCUGAGAAGCCUAAAGAAAUGACUCUACGCACACACUUUUCGUUCCACAAGCAACCUGCUUGCUCUGUGUACUGCGGGUAUUACUUGUGCGAGCAUCUCAGGGUAUAA